AUGGCCAGCAUGACUGCGCAGAAAUACCGUAUCGGGGUUGAUGUAGGAGGCACAAACACCGAUGCGGUCCUCAUCUCCCUUGACCCUGUGUCCAUCAUCGCUUCUCACAAAGCACCUACCACCCCGGACGUCACAACAGGCAUCACCAAUGCCGUUCGCAAAGUUAUCGAUUCUUCAAACGUAUCACUCUCAUCAAUUGGCUGUGUGAUCAUAGGUACCACGCAUUUCGUCAACGCAGUUGUUCAGCGUUCACCAUCUUUGCGACGCGUAGCCGUCAUUCGACUAUGUGGUGGUUCCGAGGAAGGCUUCGGUCGAGGAAUCCCGCCAUUCGUCGACUUUCCAGCAGAUCUGCGCGCUUGCAUCGAGACUUCUCAAAUUUAUCACUGUAGCGGUGGAUAUCAAAUUUCCGGCGAUGAAAUCAGCUCGUUGGACCAUGAAGAACUGAAACGUGUGGCUGAAGAUUUGGCACAGAGCAAUGUUUCCAAUGUGGUAAUCUCGGGGAUGUAUGCUCCCUUGAACCACUUGCAAGAGACAACAGCUAGAGAUAUUCUGCUAGAAAAUAUGAUCAAGAGAGGCGGAGCCGAUUUUCAGCCUCGGAUCACCCUGUCUCAUGAGGUGUCAGGUCUUGGAUUCCUGGCUCGUGAGAAUGCGGCGAUUCUGAAUGCUACGCUGCGUCCUCUCGCGGAAAGAACAAUCUAUGGAUUCCAGAAAUCAAUGGAAGACAUCUUCCGGGACCAACACUAUACACUAUACCUGACCCAAAACGAUGGAAGUGUUCUGGGAGUCUCAGAGGCUGUGGAAUUACCUAUCCGCACGUUCAACUCGGGUCCAACAAAUUCCAUUCGCGGAGGUGAAUUUCUUUGGCGUGCUGCAGCCAAGGAAAGUGGACAGCAGCAUGUUGACCGUACCGAGCCCCUCGCGGUCAUCGAUAUUGGCGGGACCACAUCUGAUAGCGGACUCUUGCUUCCAAAUGGAAUCCCACAAAUGAGCUCCAUCAUGAGUCUUGUUGGUGGAGUUCGCACCAAUUUUGCUCUCCCUGCUGUUGAAAGUAUUGGGCUGGGUGGAGGCUCUAUCGUCCGCAGCCUAGACAAUGGAGAUCUGUCCGUUGGUCCAGAGAGCGUCGCUUUGGAACUUCUUGACAAGGCGAAACUUUUUGGUGGUGACUAUCUCACGUCGACGGAUAUUGUUGCCGCGUCUGAAAUGUAUUCACCGACAGGGAACAAUCCUUUUGAAGGGAUGGGAGAUAUCACACAUCUCGCAGAUGUCACUUCAGAGUUGGUGAAGAAAGCUCAGAUUGUUAUGCGGCGAAAGAUCGAAGAGCUCGUGGACAGGACAAAGAUCCAGAAAGGUGAUGUAGACGUUCUGAUCGUCGGCGGGGGGGCUCCCAUCAUCAAAACAGACGAGCCUCUCUCAGGGGUGCGCAUAGUGCGAACUGUCAAAGGUGGCGAGGUCGCGAACGCUGUCGGUGCUGCUAUAUCACGCGUUUCAGGCAUUGUUGACACCGUUCUGGAUACUUCAGAUCAAACAAUUAGAGAGGCUCAAGAAGCAGUGUCAAAGAUUGCUGUUAAGAAGGCGAUUGCAAAUGGUGCAAAGCCAGAAACGGUCCAAAUUGUCGAAGUAACCAUGUUGCCAAUCCAAUACGUUGAGGCAAAAGCUCGAAUCAUCGUGAGGGCUGUUGGUGAGCUGGAUAUCAUUUCUCAACAACAUAUACCUCGAUCGGGACUUGCUGCGGUGAUUACGACCGGUGAGCAAGAGGUCAAUGGCGUGAAGCAGAUUCCAAAAGAUCAUGAUAUCCCUCCAGUCGCCGCGAAAGUUGAUAUUCACACGUAUCGCCCGGAGGUCAGAGACAAACAGUGGAUCGUCUCCACUACAGAUCUGGAAUUCAUCGCCGCAGGGUGCAAGAUCCUUGGUUGUGGAGGUGGCGGCGAUCCAUACCAAGAGUACCUGAAGGCAAAAGCAAUUGUACAACUUCACCCGGGUACAAUCAAAGUAGUUUCACCUGACUUCUUACCCGAUGACUCCUUGGUUGGGUGGACCGGUUGUAUGGGCAGUCCGGAGGUGAGCAUGGAGAGGCUCGAAAACGACGAAUGCCUCAAAGCACACAAAGAACUCAUACGAGUCAUCAAAAGCCCACCUGUGUCUGGCUUUCUAUCUCUGGAGAUUGGUGGAGGAAAUGGUGUCGUCAAUCUGAGUGUCUCAGCACACUUCGGAGUACCCUGUAUUGAUGCCGACUUCAUGGGUCGCGCGUAUCCAACCACUUGGCAAACUACGCCGAAUGUAUAUGGCUCUUCAACUGGCGAUGCUCUGGUACCUGCGACGAUCGCAAGCGGUGAUGGGUCAUUCAUCACCAUGACUAAAUCUCGCACAGACAGAGGGGUUGACAAGAUUCUGCGAGCAGCAUGCGUAGAAAUGGGAUGCCGCGCAGGGAAGUCUCUGUCGCCGAAGACCGCCAAGGCAGUAAGAGAGCAGGCCGUCACCAAUACCGUCUCUUUGGCUUGGUGGAUCGGGCGAGCGCUGGCUUUAGAGAAAAGCAUCACGGAAAAAGCCCAACGGAUUGUCGAUGAAGUCGGUGGUUCGGACAGUGCGACGAUUCUCGGUCAGGGAAAGAUCACCAGCGUCGAGCGGGUUCUCAAGACUGGCCAUACCUACGGUGUGUUGGAGGUCGAUGGAACUCUAAGCGAUGGGACAGAGGCCACCAUCAAGGUCCCAUUCAAGAACGAAAAUGCCUUUGUUGAAGCGGUCUCGGGUGGCGAGUCGAAGAUCUUGGCAUCUGUGCCUGAUCUGAUUGCCGUCAUUGAUGCAGAGACUGGAGAGGGGCUUGGAACGCCCGAGUACAAGUAUGGACUCAAGGUUGUCAUUAUUGCUAUUGCCGCAUCGCCCCGGUGGACUGAUACAAAGAGGGGUAUGGAGCUGGGAGGGCCUGGCUCGAUGGGAUUCGAAGAGGUCAAGUAUGUUCCGAUUGGAAAGUACAGCAAACCUCGAAGUGUCAUUGAGGUCUUUGGUUGA